AUGUCGACUGAGUGAGUCGACCACUUGCGCGCUGCUCGGCCAGGAUCUGAGCAGAUGUCACACUUACCUUGCAAAGUCUGCCUGCUCAUAGACAUGCCAAAGCGGUGCAAGAGAUUUCGUCCCUGUACUUGAGGCCUCGCACUGCGAAGACUCGUCUGCUUUCUGAACUGGUGAGCUUGCGUGUCCGAGGCCACAGUCACAUCACUGUUCGUCUGACCAGCCUGCUCUGGUGCUUCAAGCUCUCCGCUCCGGACACUCGACAUCAAGAAAUUUGUCAACAUUUGACACUUGCAGAUUGUGCAGCUGCCUUGAGUUGGCAAAGCGGCCAUGAGGAAGUAUCUGGCGAGGCGCUCACGUGUCAGUCGGUGCACUUUGAAGUGGUCAUGUAUCCGCAGACAGAUCUCAGCUAUGGUCACUGCAGCUACCUCAAUACUUGCCAUCGAACGACGACAUGCAAAGUGCGUGCCGGCGGCUCGUUUCCACGAUCUUUCCACGAGGCGAAUGACUGACCGAUCGGCAAUCCGCUCUCUCAUUCCGCCUCAGUAUCUUCAUUUUCGCCCCGUGCGAUCCAGCGACGCAAGCCCAUUUGCUUGGCAUUCCAAGCUGCGCGAACCCUGUCCCCAGGUCUAUGACUCCGCCAACCCAGGAGUUUCUCCAACAUCUCGUGCAGCGGUAUUGCAGGGUCUGGCGUCAGGUGAAAAUGAGUCCGGCUCGGAAGCUGCAACCCAGCUCUUCGAGACGGCAUCAGUGCGGCACCCUCUUCAUGCCCUUCAGCAAGUCGGCGCGCAUACAUGGUAUGGGGGAGGUGGUGGGGACGGCGGACGUGGAGCGGCCAGCGAGGCUGCUCCACCAGUGCAGCUGCCUCCACAAUGGAUGGAUGUGGAUUUACGAGAUUUUGACUAUAGCAUGCUGGGCAAAGUUGACGUUAUCUUGGCCGAUCCUCCGUGAGUGGUCUGGAAGGCAUCCACGCCAUUCGACCACAUAAGGAACUCAUAAAUCCUCCGCUACUCAUGAAGAUGGGACAUUCACAUGAGGUUAGUGCCGAGGCACCACGAUAUGAAGGAAGAUCGAAGCUGAUUGUGCGCGACCUGUGCGCUACAUAGCCUGCCGUACGGAACAAUGACGGACGAUCAGAUGAGGUCGAUGCCUCUGGCUCAACUGCAAGAUGAGGGCUUUAUCUUCCUGUGGGUUACCGGAAGAGCGAUGGAGCUGGGUCGAGAGCUACUUGCAAUGUGGGGGUGAGCCGGUAUCGAGCAGCAGCCCGCCCCGUCAUUGCCACUUCUGACAAGCCGAAGUUUGCUGUAGCUAUGCUCGCGUCGAUGAGCUCGUGUGGGUCAAGGUUGGCCAAACACAAAGGCUGAUUCGGACCGGCCGGACUGGACACUGGCUGAAUCAUACCAAAGAGCACUGUCUGGUCGGAGCGAAGCGCCAACCUUUGAGAGACUUAGAGGAGACCCCACAACUUGCUAGUCCGCUCUCAAACCUGAGCCAGAUCUAUCCGGCAGCUCAACCUGCAGGAGCGCGAUCCGCCGUUCCUAGCUGGGCUCAUGCUGGUCUUGGUGCGGACGUGAUUGUUUCGGAAGUUAGGGACACCAGCAGGAAACCUGACGAGUUGUACGGCUUGAUAGAGAGGCUCUGCCCUGGAGGUAGGAAGAUCGAACUCUUUGGUAGAAAGCACAACGCCAGGCCCGGAUGUGAGUCCGAUGUGUGCAGCUCAUGUCAUUGACACUUUUCUGAUGACUAGACCGGCCUCGCAAUGGUGCCAAUUACAAAUGCAGGGAUCACGCUAGGUAAUCAGCUCAAAAGUGAUCGCCUAGUGAGUUCAUCGCUCUUGCGCACGCGGCCUAAUCGAUGCUCGGCACUUCGACUUGCUGACUGGAAGGGUCGCCCUUUUUCGCGCUCGAAGUACGAUCAGGAACUGCUAGAGAAGUUGAAUACAUGGCGAGCAGGCAAGUGGAUCACUUGA